AGCUCACACUGGACAGCCCCGCCAGUAGAGCUGCAGAUCAGCUGUGGAGGAAGCCUUGUUGCCAACAUGAACUUCUCUGGCAAGUACCAACUGCAAAGUCAGGAAAACUUCGAGGCCUUCAUGAAAGCAGUCGGGUUGUCCGACGACCUCAUCCAGAAGGGGAAGGACAUCAAGGGGGUGUCGGAAAUCGUGCAAAAUGGGAAGCACUUCAAGUUCACCAUUACUACAGGGUCCAAAGUGAUCCAAAAUGAAUUCACCUUGGGAGAGGAGUGUGAGCUGGAGAGCAUGACAGGGGAGAAGGUCAAGGCAGUGGUUCAGUUGGAAGGUGAGAAUAAACUGGUGACAAGCUUCAAAGGCAUCAAGGCCGUGACCGAACUCAACGGCGACAUAAUCACCAGUACUAUGACAUUGGGCGACAUUGUCUUCAAGAGACUCAGCAAGAGAAUUUAGACAAGUCUGCAUUUCCUAUCCUUUUACUGUGUAAAAUUAAUGUAAUAAAGUGGACUUUGUUUAAAAAAAAUG